CAGGGAGUAUUGUGCAAUGGCGCCCGUCGUGGGCUUGGAGUGGGUUAGGAUGCAUGCAGUUGCUCCUGCAUUCUGGGCUUGCAAUGCUCUGUAUGGAGUGGACGUCCUCGGGGCUCCGCUGGACAGAUGGAUGAAUCUCCAUCUGCAUUCCGCUCUUGGUACUGUAGCUGGCACUCUAAUGAGCAUUGCCUCUGGAAUAAGUGACCCAAGUGCCCGCCUGAGGUAGCUCGACAUACACAUUCAGAGCGAGAGCUAGAGCAAGGGCCCGUGUGAGAGGAGGGUGUGUGCGUCUCCUGCUCUCGCCCCUUCCCUUCUCUCCGCUAGCGUCACUCGCCGCUUUCUUGCUGAGGUCGUUCUGGUUGGGCUGCUUGUUGUGCCCUCUUUGAAAAGUGGCAUCUUCACUCGAUUGUCUACCCCCCUCUUCUCCUUCUUGUAGAUUGCAUUGCAUUGCUGUCCAUUUCAACUUCCCUACCUUUGCUUCACGCUACGCUUUUCUCCUUCCUCUCAAUUGCUUAGAUCUCACAUGCACUGCCCGCACCAUGGGGUUGAUAUCAAGAAGGGUUCUACCCAUUUGCGGCAGCAUGUGUGUGUGCUGCCCCGCUCUUCGCGCUCGCUCUCGUCAACCUGUAAAGCGCUACAACAUGCUCCUCGCCGACAUCUAUCCUAAGUCUCAAGAUGAAGCCCCUAACGACCGCAAGAUCGGCAAGUUGGUGGAGUAUGCGGCCAAAAAUCCGUUGCGGAUUCCAAAGAUUGCAGGUGCCCUUGAGCAGAAAGGCUACAAAGAGCUGAAAGCCGAUCACUUCGGGACCGUGACCACUGUGAUGCGUGCCUUCUCAAAACUAUUUAUCGACUGCAGGGAUGAAAUGUCGCUAUUUGCGAAUAAUGCCUUAAACCUGAUCAAGGUGUUGCUUGACCAAGUGGCACAUGGUAACAUGCGCAUUGUAGGAUGUCUAACCCUGGUGGACUUCAUUCGAGUACAGACGGAUGCAACAUAUAUGCGUAAUCUAGACGGACUUACAUUGCCACUUUGCGCAUUAGCGCGUGAGCAGGGAGACGACAAGAAACAGCUGGCAAUCAGGGCAGCUGCUCUGCAAGCGCUGGCGGCUUUGGUGGGAUUCACGGCCCAACAUUCACAAAUCUCUACAGAGUUUGAUAAGGUUGUCGCAGCUACUCUUGAGAACUAUGAGCUCCCAUCUGUGGAAAUCGAAGCGCUAGAGAUUGAGAGAGGAGAACCAAAGCAACAGUGGAUGAGGGAGGUGAUGAGAUCGGAGGGUCAUUCCCACGCACUUCAAGUCAUGAGAGAGGCUUUGAACAAAAUGCACCGCCACAAGGCACAUACUGUCGUCAAGGAUCAACUUAAUCUGACUAGCGAAGAAACAGAAGCUCCUUCAGUUUGGUCUCAAAUAUGUAUUCAAAAUAUGGCUGCACUCGCCAAAGAAGCAACUACCGUGAGAAGAGUUUUGGAUCCUAUGUUUCGCUACUUAGACGCUGGAAAGCACUGGUCCAUGGAAACAGGGCUGGCUCUAAUAGUUUUGCAGAAUAUGCAGUUUUUAAUGGAACAGACAGGGAAUGGCCAAUUACUGCUAGCGGCACUAGUCAGACAUCUGGAUCAAAAAAAUGUGGAAAGUGAUUUGAUUAUGAAGAGAAACAUCUUGGCAGUUACUGCUGUUUUAGCCCGUCAGUCAAAGUCAAAGGCCACAGUUGCUGAAAUAGGUGCGAUGAGCGAUCUAUCUAAACAUUUAAGAAGAAGCCUGCAGGCAUCCAUGGAAACCUCGAUGGCUGGAAGUGUUCAAAUGUGCGACGAUAACAUUUUACUACAGGCAGCCGUUGAAGAAUGUCUCAUGGAAUUCGGAAGUAGGUGUAAUAAUAUGAAGGUGGGAGAUGCUGGGCCUCUUCUGGACAUGAUGGCUGCGACGUUAGAAAAACUGUCCGUUAAGACUGUCGUUGCGAGGAGUACCUUACAGGCUGUCUCCGUGUUAGCUCUUGUUGUGGCGUACCUCCCUGACCAUCUAUAUGUACAUCAGGAAUUUCCCGAGUCAUUAUUCAAAGAGCUACUGCAGGCAAUGUUGCAUCCUGACCUGGAAACUCGAAUUGGAGCUCAUAGGGUAUUUAUAUUGCUCCUGGUUCCAUCUUCGGUAUCCCAGUCCUCUCGCUAUGAACACCAAUUCCUUCCACAUUCUGAUGGACUAUCACCCAGCCGUGGUAAGAGGAGAGUUUCUGCUUUCUCCUCAGCUGCGGCGUUAUUCGAAAGGUUGAGAAGAGAAAGAAGCCUCGGUGGCAGUUUCCUUGAUAAUGGCGAUGAGAAUGGAAAAUUGAAGGGCAGAACCAACAGUAUUGACCAGAUGGCAGGUAAAGCUGACAGUGCGGCUAAAGGUGAUUGGGAACUUGAAGGGCGCUCUGAUAGCUUUGAUCGUGAUGACGUUCAUCCUGGAAGGGGCGACAAUUCAAAUGGAGCUGCAAGUCCAAGCCGACUCCAAGCUUUCAGACUCAGCUUGGGGCGCUCCAUGGCACAUUUGCGAAGACCUUCCACAGGCGCCACCAAAGAGACUGAAACGAACACUGCAAGGCUAAGUGUAAAGCAGACAGAGCUGCUAUUCUCGACUCUUUGGUUGCAAUCUAAAAUGGCAGACAAUUGGCCCUCCAGCUACGAGGCGAUGGCUCACACUUACAGUCUCACUCUUCUUUUUGGGGGACUGAGGAGUGCUAAUCAUAAUACCCAUUUGCGAGCACUGCAGUUGGCUCUCUCGAUCAGGAUCCUUGCACUUGAUUCAUCCGCAGUUCACCUUUCUCCGGCGAGACGAAGGUCUCUGUUCACACUAGCUACUGGCAUGCUUGUAUUUGCCGCAAAGGUCUGCAAUAUUCCUCAAAUUGUCGCUCCUGCCAAAGUGCCUCUUACUUCACUGGUGAAGGACCCAUUUCUGGAGCUGAGUGAGGACAAUACACUUACCGCAUUGAACUCAGCUGUAUAUGCUCACGAAUAUACCACAGAAUCAGAUGAUAAUGCUGCGUUGAGUUCAUUAUCUCGUAUCUCUCUUGUUGGAGAUUUAUCGAAUGACGCAAUUGCAGGACGCAUCAUUGAAGCCAUUUCAUCCUAUGUCAAGGUUGAGGGUGUGGGUAUUAAGGAAAGGUUGACACAACAAUUUACACCAGAGGCUAGUGAGCUCCUUAAGCCCCAGUUGUACUCGGAAUCCUUGAAUGCUAGAUCUCCUCAUGCCUCUCAAGAUUCCGUGUCGUUCGAUGAGGUCUUGCAAUCACAGUUGACAUCUUCAGUUUUAGAGGAUGGGAAUACCAAUGGUUCAAAUUCGGAGCUGCCGCCUAUGUUGAGGGACACCGCAGGUAGCACGCCUAUCCAAGCACCUGGCGUUUCGCAGCUUCUAGACCAGGCUAAAGAAACAGCUGAACAAGUUGGACUUACUCAUGCUCCUAGCGGCCCUCUCUCGUAUAGCGCAACUGCAAGUCGGUGUGAAGCAGCAGGGGCUGGUGCUCACAGAAAGAUGUCUGCAGUGCUUAACUUGGACAGCAAGUCUGUUCCUUUCACAGCGUCUCUCCCCCCUGUUAAGGACUCAAACAGAGUGAACGGCCAUGAAAGCCCGUCAGCUACGUCGGACACAAGCGGUGACCUCGAUGAACGAACUGCAGGUUUUUCUGGAAGCAGAAGCCAGAGUCCGAAAUCGAAGCCCACAUGGUUAGCGUCCCCAACCGUCAGAGACCUGAAAUUACCUCCUUCAAGUCCGUAUGACAACUUUCUGAAAGCAGCUGGAUGCUAAAAACAAUCUUUGAAGCAUGUAUGUCUCAAAGAUAGACUUGGGGCCUUGUAAACCGUUCAUGCGGUGUAUGGUUAAAGGUGGAUCCAGCUUUUGUGAUAUGUACUGACUACUUAACUACAAAUCGGUGUUUAGAUUACGGUAAUUAAAUCACAGAGGUUUUGCUAACCGCUGGUGUAUCACAAUACAGGUAUAGAAGUAGCUUUUCAGCUACUAUAGCAGCAGUCUCCGAGGGUGUGUAGGUUUUGGAGUCGAAAACCGGCUAUGACAUAAUCCUAUAUCGGUGGUUGUGCUGAGGACAUUCCUACGUCUGUUUCCUUCCAAUAUACUGAGUUGGUGAAUAGUGCCAACUGUGGACAUUAUGGUCCAUUUAAGUUAUAAUUCUUGGUACAUGCUACUUACACUUUUAAUUGAUUUUUACGCAUGCAAAUAACAUCCUUGUU